UGUUUCACAUUAUUUGUUUUUUUUGCUGUUCUUUUGUUCUGAAUGCUUUGUAUUGCUUUCCUUCUUAGUUGUCAUUCUCUCGCUACUGUCUUAUUUUCUUUUUUAUAACUGCUUGCUUUGAUGCUCUUGAGCCGAUGGUCUUUUGGAAACAACCUCGCUACCUCCACGAGGUAUGGGUAAGGUCCGCAUAUACUCUACCGUCCCAGACCCCGCUUGUGGGAUUACACUUGGUAUGGAAGUUCCAUCGAAUGUUGAGUCAAUUUCUGUGAUUUUAGCUACUGAGUAUUGAGGUAUCUUUCUGCUCAGGUUAUCCCGAGUGAGCCAUUGAUGCAGUCCCGAGAGGAUACUGCAAACAAGGUGUUGCAAGAUACCGAUGCUGUUCUUUUCCUUCCUUUAAUGCUGGGCGCUUUAUAAGCUUCACGAUUGUUAACUUCCAAAGUAAUCAUUGAUGGAACCGAAUCACACAAAAUCUAGUGACAGUUAUGCUGCUGAUAUCUAUUCCAUCAGGGAAGCGCAAGUACGCAUCAAGCCCUUUGCACAACAAACCCCUGUCCUCACCUCAGACACGUUAGAUUCUAUUGCUGGAAGAAAGCUGUACUUCAAAUGUGAAUGCUUUCAGAAGGGGGGAGCUUUUAAAUUUCGAGGGGCAUGCAAUGCUAUAUUUUCACUUGAUGAUGAUCAGGCCAUUAAAGGAGUUGUAACACAUAGCAGUGGAAAUCAUGCUGCAGCUCUUUCUUUGGCUGCAAAACUACGGGGCAUCCCUGCAUAUAUAGUUAUACCAAAAGAUGCUCCAAAAUGCAAAGUCGCAAAUGUCAAACGUUAUGGUGGUCGUGUUAUCUUCAGUGAGCCAUCAAUGCAGUCCCGGGAAGAUACUGCAAACAAGGUGUUGCAAGAUACCGGUGCUGUUCUUAUUCCUUCCUCUAAUGAUGGGCGCAUUAUAAGUGGGCAGGGUACAAUAUCUCUGGAGUUUCUGGAACAAGCUUCAGAUAUUGACACUUUAAUAGUCCCAAUCAGCGGAGGUGGUAUGAUAUCGGGAGUUGCAUUGGCUGCCAAGGCUAUCAAUCCUGCCAUUCGCAUUUUUGCUGCCGAACCAAUGGGAGCAAAUGAUGCUUUCCAAUCGAAGAGUAAUGGCAGGAUUACUAAGUUAUCUGAAGUCAACACUAUUGCUGAUGGCCUUCGAGCUUUUCUUGGAGAUCUCACGUGGCCUAUUGUCCGCGAUCUCGUGGAUGACGUUAUAGUUGUUGAUGAUAAGGAGAUAAUACAAGCUAUGAAACUUUGCUAUGAAAUUCUGAAGAUUGCAGUGGAACCAAGUGGAGCUAUAGGCCUUGCAGCUGUUCUUUCUGAUGGUUUUCGAAAAAAUCCAGUCUAUAGUGAAUGCAAUCAUAUUGGAAUUGUUCUGUCUGGAGGAAAUGUUGAUCUUGGUGUGCUCUGGAAUUCCUUUGAUAAAUGAGAAACUCUAUUAGUCCCGAGAGGUAGAUUCAGAAUUUGAACUAGUAGUUCGAGUUUGGAAUUCUACCACAACUCAUUUGAUUUACUGGGUUCGGAAUCAAUUACUAUUUGUUCUUCUUUAGUUAAGUUUUUUUUUAAUAUAUACAAUGUUCGAUUCAAAGUUACUAGUUUCAGAUGAAUUUGUAACUUUCACUUUAUGUCCAUCCUUGGGAACAAGUGUUAUUCAAUGAUCCAACUUUUCUGUUAUUGAUCAUAUUUUUGAAAUUU